AUGUUGAACGCAAAGGCGCUCACGGAGCUGCUCUCGCACCACCGCGACGAUCGCCUGUGCAAGCGAUGGUAUCUCAUGACGCCCAACGGCACUCUCCUGGCCUACAGCCAACCCACCGACAUCAAUGAUCUGCGGAGACAGGCUGCCAUUGCCGCCAUCACGUGGCAGGAGCACCAACACCCGGCUCCAGACGGCCACCUCGCCGACAGCUUCCAGGGCGAAAUCCGAGAAGACGGCGAGCCACAGCAGCCGCUGCACGUGCUGAGCGUGGAGAGCGAGGCCUCGAACGUUCUCCUACGGCAGAUCCAGCCGCAGCUCUUGCUCGUGCUCGAAGGCGGCGUUCCACCGCGUCGUGCGGGCUUUGGCAGAAGGGUGACGGCGGAGAGCGCAGAUGGCACGCAGCAGCAGUGGCCGCAUCAUCAGGGCGACAACGCCUCACUGCGGUCCAACGCGACGGCGACGGCGACGGCGACGAAUGGCGGCGGCGGCGGCGGCAGCAGCAGUGCCGUGGCCGCCAGCGUGCUGAAGCUGCACCGUGGCAGGCUGGACGCGCUGGCCGACGCCAUCAUCUCCGAUUUCCAGCAGACAGGCUUCCAGAUGCCCGCCGAGGGCAGCACGACGAUGACCUUCUGA